GCUCUGUGCUAACAGCUUGUAAAAUACUAAUGUCUUUGUGGGUAAUGAAGAUGCUGGUUAUGGGAUUGGCUUUGUGUGGGAAGGAACGAUGAAGAAAGACUCGACGGUCCUCUGUUGUGUACUUGACCUUGCCCAUAACGCAGGCAGCGUGGCGAUGGCCGUGAGCUCCCGGCACCCCGGCUCAAACCCGCACCGUGGCUUUGGUAAUGAAGAGAAGAGGAACCUUUCCCUGGGGGGCCAUGUCGGCUUCGACAGUCUCCCCGAUCAGCUGGUCAGCAAGUCUGUCACACAAGGCUUCAGCUUCAACAUCCUCUGUGUGGGUGAGACCGGCAUUGGGAAAUCCACACUAAUGAAUACCCUCUUCAACACCACAUUUGAGACGGAGGAAGCCAGUCACUACGAGAGCACGGUUCGCUUGCGGCCACGGACCUACGACCUGCAGGAGAGCAACGUCCACCUGAAGUUAACGAUCGUGGAUGCAGUUGGAUUUGGGGAUCAGAUAAAUAAAGAUGAAAGUUACAGGCCAAUAGUUGAGUACAUUGAUACGCAGUUUGAAAACUAUUUGCAAGAAGAGCUGAAAAUCCGCCGCUCUCUCUUCAACUAUCAUGAUACGAGGAUUCACGUCUGCCUGUACUUCAUCACCCCAACCGGACACUCACUCAAGUCCUUGGACCUGGUGACAAUGAAGAAGCUGGAUAGCAAGGUGAACAUCAUCCCGAUCAUUGCCAAAGCAGACACCAUCUCCAAGAGCGAGUUGCACAAAUUCAAGAUAAAGAUAAUGAGCGAGCUGGUCAGCAAUGGUGUGCAGAUCUAUCAGUUUCCCACAGACGACGAAGCAGUCGCUGAGAUCAACUCUGUGAUGAAUGCUCAUCUGCCCUUCGCUGUGGUCGGCAGCACGGAGGAGGUGAAAGUUGGGAACAAGCUGGUGAGAGCCCGGCAGUACCCGUGGGGAGUGGUGCAAGUUGAGAACGAAAGUCACUGUGACUUCGUGAAACUGCGGGAAAUGCUGAUCCGAGUCAACAUGGAGGAUCUUCGGGAGCAGACUCACACCCGCCACUAUGAGCUGUACAGGAGGUGCAAACUGGAGGAGAUGGGCUUCAAGGACACGGAUCCAGACAGCCAGCCCUUCAGCCUCCAAGAAACAUAUGAGACCAAAAGGAAAGAGUUCUUGGGCGAGCUCCAGAAGAAAGAGGAAGAAAUGAGACAAAUGUUUGUUAACAAAGUCAAGGAGACGGAGGCAGAGCUGAAGGAGAAGGAGAGAGAGCUGCAUGAGAAAUUUGAGCACUUAAAAAGGAUACACCAGGAAGAGAAAAGGAAGGUGGAGGAGAAGAGGCGGGAGCUGGAGGAAGAGAUGAAUGCCUUCAACAGGCGGAAAGUAGCGAUGGAAACCUUGCAGUCCCAAUCCUUGCAGGCUACCUCACAGCAGCCACUGAAGAAGGACAAAGACAAGAAAAAUUAAUCACACACAGACUUUCAGGCCAAGAGUGGACUUGGUGCUUUCAUGUGUUAAGUUGCUUGAGUUUCCCACCCUGUGACCCUUCUCAUAACAUUGUGUGAGUGGACCAAAGUGAAAGAGAAAAUGAGCAUCUUCGGUGGUUGCGGUGUAACGACUCGCUCUUACCUGUACAGAAUUUAUCAGGUUUUAAGGAAGUAACCUUGCCCUGUACAUUUUGUUAAACUAAGUCGACUAAUCCCUAAAGUAAGAUGUUUUCUUCAAAACCCAGUGAUGGAACAGCCGUGUAUAAAGUGACCGUAACUGUCUGUCUGAACUCUUCUUACUCACCAGCUAAAUACUUGCUUUCUAGAUUUAUUUUAAUUGACUAAGGUGACUGCCUGGGGCUCAUCCACCUUCCCCUGCGCGUGCACAAAUGUGAGGAGUGGGAUGAAGAAUGCUGAAACGUUUAUUUUUCUAACAAAAGUCUCGAUUUGAGUAAGUUUUUAGAUUGGGUAUAAAAACACAAUGCAUAGACUUUCUGCCCUGGGAAUCUUAGUCUGAGUAACCCUAAUUCCAGUAAUUAUAUAUUUUAAUCCUGAAUUACUCUAAACACUUUCUACAUCAUUUAUAAUAUAUAUAUAUAUAAAGAGAGAGAGAGUGGUUAAUAAAAUUCAUGGGACAAUGUUUUGAAUUUUCUUUACUGCUAAAGUAGAACAUUUAUAUAGAAAGAUUUUUCAUAAGAGUUUGUUGUAUAAUGUGGAACUACAGGAUUUGUGUAACUCUUCACUUGUCAUUUACCAAUGUAUUUUACUGUUGUCGAGAAGCUAUUUAAGCGGUCCUCUUUACUUUUACGCUUUAACCUUAAACUUAUUAUGUGCCUAAUAAGGAGAAUCCCCUGAUCUUGAGCUACCCACCGUAUUUAUACUGACAGCCUCUAUUCCUCUUAGAAGGUGCUUCCUUAAACACUCGUUGUGCCUAGAAAUCACAGCCUCGUUUUCCUGGGCAACCGAGCUUAGAGGAAUAAUGAGCAUCGAUAGUAUUUUUAUUUUUUUUUUCUAUUUAAACCACUUGGUGAUAAGGCAGGACAAUAACUGAACAGAGGCUUCCUAGUUGUGUUGUCAUGGAAAAGUAGUUGGCCCCAGUUCCAUCCAUGAGGUAACAGGCUAAAAGCAAGCAAAUAUUUUAUAUUAAUCCCACCCAGCAUCUUUAGAGUUUAUAAAAGCCCUGGCUGGCUAAGUGUUAGUUGUGAGUGGGUGCCUUUUAUUUCGUUAUUAAUGUUACAGGAUUUCUGUGAUUAUUUUUUUUUCUUUUUUUCUUUUUUGCCCUGAAAGAUUUGUCUUUAAGCUGAGAUGUCAGCAAAUUCCUUAUGUGACUUGCAGGAGGAGGUGCACGGCCUUGCACCCGAGCCGUUGCAGGGCGCUCUGAGGGUAGCGUUUUGCUGGAUUGUAAAAUGAGGUUCUUUAACUUGCAUAUCCCCUCAAAGCAGCUUUUAUUUUUUUUUCCCCCCCGCUAAAGAUAGGCUCAGGUGUUAAACUGUUGUCAUGUGGACAUUGGCCUUUUACGUGGAUUUAUUGAAAACCAUGUCAGAGUUACUUGAUGCGUGUAAGAACGACCCUCGUGAAGAUCUCGCGGGUACCUUUUAAAUCGGGCCGUUUUACAGAGAGUGAAAAUUAACGCGCCCCUAUUGGGGGUCUGCCGGAAGCUGAACGCUGAAUUUUUAAGGCUGUGCCUCCAGGUUAGAUGUAUUUUAAAGAGCAGCUGUCAAAUGUUAGGAGCGUCAGCGUGUGUUUUUCCUCAGCGAAACGUACAAGGAGCCCAAACCUUGUUGUUACGCACAAGACGACGGUUCCGGCUCGCUGCUGACCGCAUGUAGGAAAUCAGGGGCAGAAUGUUGAUUUUUUGCUAAUGAGAGAAACUCUGAUGCACUAAUUGCAUGAGUGAGCAGCGCUCUUUGGUUCAUUGUUUUGCUUCUCAAGGCCAGCGCUAUGAAAACAGUAACUGAUGACGCUGGGCUUGCCAACGGCUGCCUCGCCAUCACUUUUCCAGUCAGUAGUUUUCUCCCGAUCUCAUGCCGCAGCCAGCAAGAUCUAUGCAAGUGGUUCCUACCUGCCCUGGCUCGUCAGAGGUCGAUUCUUUUUUCCUAGAAUAACAAGUAGUUACGAAUAAUGAUGAUAACGAAAGAGUAAAAACCUUCAAAUCCGUGGGCAUUGUGGAGAAAUUUCCAGCUUUUUCUGAUGAAGACAUUUGGAAUGUAUGGAACGAUAUUUUGAUGAUGAUGAUGAUCAUAUAUGCUUUGACUUUGUGACGGACCUGCCUUUUCCCUGUAGUUACGUGUUCUUUAGAGCAGUCAGCAGCAGCAUCUCCCCGGGGGAACUCGGUAAUUCUUUUUUUUCCCUCUAGUACUUGAUUUUUUUUCCUUUUGGCUGAGACAAGAUUGAAGUAUGCGGUAUGUAGGGUAGUUCUGUAGCUUAUUUCUACAUAAUGAGUUACAAAUGAUGCUGAUCUCACUCCAGUCUGAAGAUUUACAGCUUGUAGGCUAGAAGUCAAAGAAAAACCCUUCAGAAGUGACUGAGGCUGUUCAGUUACACGUCUUUCAGCUGUUUUAUACAUUUAUCCGUAAAAGGUUGGUAUUAAUGGGAAAAACUGUCCGUUUUCUUAUCAUUUAAACAUUUACCAUCAUGUAUGUUGUCUGCUUUCUAAUUUAAAAUGUGUUUUAAGGGCUCUAAGCUCCGUAGGCUUCAUGCCUGGCUGUGGUGGAUGCCCCGGGGUGGGACGGGGUGGUUGGCUCGGAGCACGCGGAGGUGCCUCGGGGACCUCCCGGGGGAGCGGCAGCCUCUCGGACGUGCUACAUCCGCUCGCUUUGUCAUUCCAAAUGUGUUUGGGUUUAGCUUUUGGUUUGUUUUUUUUUUUUACUUUAAUUUCUCUCCACUCACUUUGUACUUUUUUCUUUUAUUAAAUCUCACGUGUAUUUUGA